AUGCCGGCUCCUUGCUAUACUCCUUCCAAUUCCCAGUCCCAGUCCCACCGACGGACUAGUUCUCGCUCCCAGCAGCAAGAACCCGAGUCACCAACCCUCGAGCCCACUUAUCCACCUAAUAUCUCUAAAACCAACAACAAUAACGAUGAUAUUAACUGGCAAGACGUCGACACGAUCCUCAAAACCACAGCACAACGACAAAGACCUGCUCAUAUCUAUGGCGCUUCUGGUUUCUCGGACCUGCCGCGUCAAUCCAGUCCCUUCAAAGCCAAGGCUAUUCCAGCAUGGCGAACCGUGGUUCAGGGUAUGGUUCUUCGAGGCAGUCUUAGCCGCGAAACAGCCAUUUGA